AUGGCUAAUCGAAGGCAAUAUAAACACAGGCGUAAAUGGACAGAUCAAAUGAACGAGGAUCUUUUGAGUUGCAAACGCGAGGCUGUAGCAAUGACACAAAUGGAACAACCACCGUUGGAUGGAAAUAGCAAGAAAAAAGGCUAUAUUAAACUCAUGAAGGAGCUAUGGGAUGAGUAAGGAUAUAACGGUUUUGGCUUCUCAAGCCAGAAUUUGCGUGAUCAAGCUGCAAGCUUAAGGCUGGAGAAAUCUUUGGAGCUGGGGGACUCGAGAAACGUAUCAAGAGAUUCUGUUGCUGUAAACCAAAGCAAUUUACCGGAGUUGAAUAAGGACAACUUAAUACGGGAUUCGCAAACGGGAGAGGGCUCAAACGGUUUCGAUAUGUCGGCGAAAGAUGCCGCCUUGAUUAAUGAAUCGCAGUAUACAAAUCAAACGAAUGAAUUGCAAACAACAACCCGCCACGAUUUGCAUAAUAGUCAACUUGAAAUUCCGGGGGCACUCGACCAGAACGAAGACAAUGCAAUUAUCUCGGGCUGUCUUCCGGAGUAUAAUAAUGUAAAUAAACCACCUAUGAUUAAUUGGGGGAAGCGAGGCGAUGGAUGAACAAUAGUUAUACCGACUUCAGACAUUACAGAUGCAUAUGAUGAAAUUACAACUUGGAAAAAGAAUGUUUUUCUAGUGCCAUACGGGAAAAUAGGAAGGGAUUUUAUCGAUCAAAUAACGAUGCAUAUAAACGACUGGAAUAGCGGUUCGGAAAAUCAACAUGUUUCCCUAAAAGCUGUUUUUGUACUUCCCGCCGUUGGGCUUCAAAAGCCAAACCCGAAGUCCAAGGCAAAGGACCAUCAAGAUGCCUUGUCAGAGCGACUUGCACUUUGGAAGGACGGUGAGAUCAGUAAGCUAAUACGUGAGGCGUCAAUCAUACAAAGUCGUAUUGGAAAAUUUAAAGGAUAAAACCACCCCGAUAAAGCUAAAGUCUUUGCUAAGCUCGUGCUAGAAGGUCAAAUCAACUCAGACCUUCGCUUCCUGAGUGAAACCUCAAAUGGCGGCGUGUUAACGUUAACUGACGAUGUAAUGACGCAAUUAAAACAGAAGCAUACUGAGCCACAACCAGCAAAGCUCGGAUCGGUAUUAUUUGGGCCGCUCAAUGACGAGAUACCUGAAUCUAUUUACUCACAGAUCAAUGGUGAGAUGGUUAGACAAGCCGCUUUGAGAACAAAGAGAUCCGGAGGCCCGUCUGGUGUCGAUGCUAACGGCUUUAGAAGAAUGUUGGCAUGUAAGUCCAUUAAGCAAUCAUGUACAAGACUGUGCGAAGCUAUAGCCAGAAUGACCAAGACUUCGUGCACACAAUAUAUCGAUCCUACCACUAUUGAAGCAUUGAUUGCUAGUCGUUUAAUUCCACUAGACAAAGGCGAAGGUGCGGUAAGACCUAUCGGAGUAGGAGAGGUAAUAAGGAGGAUAAGUGCAAAAUGUGUUAUGAGCUUUGCAAAGAAAGAUGUUGUGGAAGCAAGUGGAUCGUUACAAUUAUGCGCUGGGCAAAAGUCUGGAA